AUGAAUAGGAAGAAGCUGCAGAAGCUCGCCGAGUCGCUGUGCAAGACCGCUAAGCAUUUCAACAAAUUUGAAGUGGAUUGCCUCAUAAAACUUUUCAACAACUUGGGGGUGGAACCCAGUGAACGACAUUCUGUUGUUGGUUUAGAUCGUAACUCAUUUCGAAAUAUCCUACAUGUCACAUUUGGAAUGACAGAUGACAUGAUUAUGGACAGAGUGUUCCGUGCUUUUGACAAAGACAAUGACAGCUGUGUCAGUGUAACAGAAUGGGUGGAAGGGUUAUCAAUAUUUCUCCGGGGAACACUUGAAGAAAAGAUGAAAUAUUGCUUUGAGGUUUAUGAUCUAAACAGUGAUGGAUAUAUUUCACGGGAGGAAAUGUUUCAUAUGCUGAAGAACAGUCUGCUAAAACAGCCAUCAGAAGAGGAUCCUGAUGAAGGCAUUAAAGAUUUAGUAGAAAUAACAUUGAAAAAAAUGGACUAUGACCAUGAUGGCAAACUCUCUUACAUGGAUUUUGAAAAAGCUGUACGAGAUGAAAAUCUUCUUCUAGAAGCAUUUGGACCAUGUUUACCUGAUAUGAAGUGCAGGACAGAAUUUGAGACACAAGCAUUUCAAGAGACGACUGAUUUGUAAUUCUGCAAAUGAAAUAUACUGUACUAUGAAAGUACACUUCUUUAAGUAAAGAAGGCAAGUCAGAGAGUUUCUUUUUCAU